AUGUCUUCUAAGUUCAAUAUAUUCUUCUUCUCUCUUUUGGUCUUAACAUUGAGUUCAUUGGUAUUGAGUGAAGAACCGGACAAAUGUGUGGACAAAUGUAAAUGUUUUUCUGUAGGCGAGAACCGGCCAGAGAUGGACUGCACGCGACAGAACCUAUCGGUCAUUCCGGGGGCGUCUGAAUGGCCUAAAAAUAUAUUCGCUUUGGAUAUAAGUAUGAAUCAAUUGAAACGGAUUGAUGUCAUGGACUCCAGCGAUAGUCUUGAGUAUUUGGAUUUGGCCUCAAAUGCGAUCGAAACCAUAGAACCGAAUGCUUUCGAAAAGUUGACACAAUUAAGAGGACUUGAUUUGAGUCACAACGAGUUGAUGACUUUGCCCACAGAGCUCUUCACUGAUAAGCUAUUGACACUCAAUUUGAGUUAUAAUAACAUCGAAAUACUUCCCAACGAUUUGCUGAAGAAAAUUCUGGACUCAGAUCUGUUGCGCUAUUCGGGACAACUGAAAGCACUCGACUUAUCCGCCAUUUCCUCGUUCGCACUCAAAGACGAUAUCUUUCAUCAACUUUUUGAGUUAACUGAACUCGAUUUGUCGGACAACGACUUCAUGUUAGUGCCCACUAUUCCUCUGCGAAGUGCCAGAAAUCUAAAAGUAUUAAAACUGAGCAAAAAUCCAAUCCGUGUUUUGGACGAACACUCGUUCGUAAAGAUGCAUACAUUGACUGAACUAUAUUUGGAUGAAAUGAACGAAUUGAUUGAAGUGAAAGAGAAGACGUUCUCCUAUUUGUUUAACUUGAAGAAGAUUUCCAUCAGUAAUAAUCCUCACUUGUCUUAUAUCGAUAGCUAUGCCUUUUACGGCACAUUUAACAGGAGUUGGAUUGCCCUCAAAGAAGCUAAUUUCAGAGCUAAUAGACUGUCAACACUUCCGGAGAAUACUCUGCCUUUUUGUAAUCUGACAACUCUUGACUUGAGAGAGAAUCCCUGGACUUGCGAUUGUCAUCUUCUUUGGGCCAAAUACUGUCACUUAAGACCAGAGCUCACGCAUGGAAUCAUUUGCGCGAAUCCGGCCGCACUUCGAGGACACGACCUGAUUAUGGUAGACCAUCACAACAUACACUGCGAACAAAACCAGAUCUAUAGGGAGGUAAAGAUGAUGCGACUCUUCGUUAUAGUGUUCGUGUCGUUCACACUCUUCUUCAUCGGACUAUUGUUUGUAUUAUUCAUAAAACGGGAUCUAUUGAUGAGAUGGUGGACCGAUCGGCGAAGAGGCACCGGCGCUAUAUAUUACGUGAAGGCCCACUCAAACCCGAUUGAACCAGAAUUUUAAUAAUGCUUUUAAAAUGUUUCAGUCAUUGCAAUAAUUUUUUCAAUCAUUAAAUACCAUAUUUUAUAAACACAUCGAAAAGUGUUUCUACUUGUAUUUGUAUACUUAUUUCAAGUAACAGUAAACAAAAGUAA